GCUCGUCAACCACCUCGGCAGCUUGCUAGCCAACAUAGCCGAAAGAUUCAAGCUAGUUAUACGCUUUCGGUGUAUAUUACCUACUGUGUUUUAGACACACUUCUGUCGUAUCUACUUGUUAACCUAUUUAAUUUAAUAUUACGUUAUUUUUUAUUAGUCAGCUAUAGUAGCUGGCUUGUUAAAUUAGCACUAGCCUAGUCGCUAAUGAUGGCUAGCUAACUAACAUCCCCGACCAUGAGCUCACUAAACUACUCCCCUCCCGUUAAAGAAGAGGCAGUCUGCUGGACGGAGAAAGAAGCUCUGGGGUUGAACAUUGUCGUGAAAGAGGAGAAGGAAGAAGAGGAUGUCACAGUAAAACAAGAAGUAGAGGGUGAGGCUGUUACAGUGAAAGAAGAGGAGAAAGACGUUACAGGGACAGAAGAGGAAGACGUGUUCAGAGUGAAAGAGGAGGAGGAUGUUACUGUGAAAGAAGAGGAAGAUAACGAGGAUGUUGACGUUUUUGUUGUGAAGAAAGAAGGGGAGAUUACUGUCACUUUGAAAGAUGAAGAGGAGGAGAUGGGAGAUCUGAUUAACACCAGAAAGAUACGGGACUAUCGUGGAUCCUCUGGGGAGCCUCAACAACAUCAUGAUGCUGUCGAGGCAGAGAAGAGUCUCUCCAGAUCAGGACACCUCAAGAAACAUCAGCAGAGACCCACAGGAAAGAAACCUCACUGCUGCUCUGACUGUGGGAAGAGUUACUCAAGAUCAGAUUCACUUAAACUACACCAGAGAAUUCACACAGGUGAUAAAUCUCACUGCUGCUCUGAUUGUGGGAAAUGUUGCAAGUCUUCAUCAGAACUUAAAAUACAUCAGAGAAAUCACACGGGAGAGAAACCUUACUGCUGCUCUGACUGUGGGAAACGUUUCUCAAGAUCAGAUUCACUAAAACUACACCAGAGAAUUCACACAGUUGAUAAAUCUCACUGCUGCUCUGAUUGUGGGAAAUGUUGCAAAUCUUCAUCAGAACUUAAAAUACAUCUGAGAAAUCACACCGGAGAGAAACCUUACUGCUGCUCUGACUGCGGGAAAUGUUUCUCAAGAUCAGAUUCACUAAAAGUUCACCUGAGAAUACACACUGGAGGGAAAUCUCACUACUGCUCUGAAUGUGGGAAGAGAUUCAACUCUUCAGUAGACCUUAAAAUGCAUCAAAGAAUUCACACAGGAGAGAAACCUUUUGGCUGUGAUCACUGUGGGAAUAGUUUUACUCAGCAAAGCAACCUGAAAUCACACCAGAGAAUACACACAGGAGAGAAACCUUAUGGCUGUGAUCAAUGUGGAAAGAGUUUUUCUCAGCAAAGCAACCUGAAAUCACACCAGAGAAUUCACAGUGGGGAGAAACCUUAUGGCUGUGAUCAAUGUGGGAAGAGUUUUACUUUGUCAAGCUGCCUGAUAGUGCACCAGAGAACACACACUGGAGAGAAACCUUUUAGCUGUUAUCAAUGUGGGAAGUGUUUUGUUACAUCUGGCAAUCUGAUUGUACACCAGAGAACACACACAGGAGAGAAACCUUAUAGCUGUACUCAAUGUGGGAAGAGUUUUACUCAGUCAAGCAGCCUGAUAGUACACGAGAGAACACACACACAGUAGAGAAGCUUCACCAUUGUUCAGAUUGUGGGAAAAGCUUUUCAACAUCACAGACUUUGAAGCUGCACCAGAGAACACACACAGGGGAGAAAUCUUAUAGCUGUAAUCAAUGUGCGAAUGGUGUUACUUGGCUAAACAGCCUGGGAUCACACCAGAGAACACACACAGGAGAGAAACCUCUUAGCUGUGGUCAAUAUGACAAAAGAUACUCUGAUAAAAGAUCUCUGAUCAAACAUCAGAAAAUACAUACAUGAAGAAGUUGUUUCAUGAUAUCAAUGAAAUAAUGUCACAAUAUAAUGUCACAAUGUAGAAUGUUUUAACAUUGUAGUAGGAGUAUUUUAAGAUGUCACAAUGUAGAACUCUAAACGUUUGUCCCCUGUUCUAUUGAUUUCAACAUGAUAUUGAUAUUAGCCUCAGGGGGACAAUCCAGGUUCUGAAUUGAAAGAGUACUAUUUAUGUGAUUUAACAAAAAGUGAUUAACAAAAGAAAAGAAGAGUCAUUACACUUACCACAUUGUUGACCCACUUGAAUCAAAAUGCAACACUUCAAAAUGUAGCGAUCUGUUUUUCUACAAAUUGUUCUCUAACCAGUGAUGUACACAUUAUUCCCAGAUUCGUGUGGUUUUUGAGCUGUUAGUUUUAACAGGACGUGCAACCUCAUGUCCCUUCUGUCACACAAUUGAUUUCAACAUGAUAUCGAUGAGUGAUGACAAAUAAGACGCAGAAUAAUAAACUGAUCUAUAAUCAAUUUGAUUAACAAUCUGACAUCACUCAAUCACAUCACUCACACUUCAAAUGCUAAUUAUCUUUAUUCCACUACUGAAGAAGCAUGACUCAAAUCACCUCAUAUUUCAAACAUCCAGCCUGACAAAAGAUACAUGUUUUAUUAUUCCAUGCCUCACCAUUAAGUGAAUUAUUGCCACUACAUAUUAACAAAGGGGUGUACAUUUGGUUUUUAUAUUUCAUAUUUACAAGUCAUGUAACAUUUAGUAAUCAUAAUUAUUUAUGCAACCAACUAACAAUUUUGGGGUAAAAUUAUAUUGAAAAUGUUAUCCAGGGGGCCUCCCGGGUGGCGCAGUGGUCUAGAGCACUGCAUCGCAGUGCUAACUGCGCCACCAGAGUCUCUGGGUUCGCCCCCAGGCUCUGUCGCAGCCGGCCGCGACCGGGAGGUCCGUGGGGCGACGCACAAUUGGGCUAGCGUUGUCCGGGUAAGGGAGGGUUUGGCCGGUAGGGAUUUCCUUGUCUCAUCGCGCUCCAGCGACUCCUGUGGCGGGCUGGGCGCAGUGCGUGCUAACCAAGGGGGCCAGGUGCACGGUGUUUCCUCCGACACAUUGGUGCGGCUGGCUUCCGGGUUGGAGGCGCGCUGUGUUAAAGAAGCAGUGCGGCUUGGUUGGGUUGUGCUUCGGAGGACGCAUGACUUUCGACCUUCGUCUCUCCCGAGCCCGUACGGGAGUUGUAGCGAUGAGACAAGAUAGUAAUUACUAGCGAUUGGAUACCACGAAAAUUGGGGAGAAAAGGGGAUAAAGAAAAAAAUAAAAAAUAAAAUGUUAUCCUGCUUUUAGAAUAUCAGGGAUCAUUCUCAGAUGUGACAACCCAAAUGUACUAGAGCAUUGGGGACUGGGCCCCGAUCCAACAACAAGCCUAUCGAGAUAUUGCAGGAGUUUGCUCUUGAAAUCAGACAUGAAUAAUACAAUUAGAUUUUUGUUGGGCGUUCCAAGGGGACGAGAGUUCUAGUAGCUAGUGAGUUUUAGGAAGACGAGAGUUCUAGAAGCUAGUGAGUUUUAGAAAGACGAGAGUUAUAGAAGCUAGUUAGUUUUAGGAUUCUAUAGAAAGAAAAAGGAGAAAAAAAAUACGAUUGUAUAUUAUUAUUUAGAAAUACGUGUUUUUUCUUGUUGACAGAAAGUUGUUUUCUGUUGGUGGUGAGCAAACUUAGGAUAUAUUUGAUGUCUUAAGGGGGAAGGUGUUACAGGCUUUGGUUUUUCCAUGUAUGUUUUGAGGUUGGACUUUAGCACGUAUAGCUCGUUAGCACAUAGGACACACUGAUUGGUGUCACCUCAUUAGUCAGUAUGUGUUACACCUGUGCUGGCUUGUCCAUCUCGUUAGUGGGAAGGUGUUUCACCUGAGCUGGUCCAGGUUCUAUUUAAGAGUGUCUGGCCCAGUGCUCCAGUUGUGUUGAUAGAUGUGGAGAGUCAACACCUUUAGUUGCGCCACAUUUUUGGUUUGCUUCCUGUCUUUAAGUUUGCUGUGGGUUUUUCUUUUGUUUGCAUCUUCUUGGGCAGAUUGAGUGGGUGUCAUGGUGGGUGGCUUUUAGCUCCCAGUUGUUGUUACUAGUCAACUUCCAGUGGACACCCCCAUAGUGUCUUUCAGAGCCCCUCCUAAAAAACAAGCUAAUAUUUUUAGGUUGGAUAUUGCAUCCUAUUAAUAUUUUAAUCAAUGGAAUUUCCUUAAUGUUCAUUAGUCUUUCAGUUGUUAGUCUUCUGUUUGUUGUGUACUAAAUAUUUUUGUUUAUUUUCAUUUUUUUUCUUCCUGUGAAGCCAUUGUGUUGCAUCCAUGUCUGAAAUGUGCUGUAUAAAUAAAGCUUAAUUUGAAAAACAG